AUGACACGCCUCGCCGACCUCGCCCCGCGCACCGGCCGCGGCCCUGCCAUCUGCCCGACCGACGACGACGCCAUCACGCCCAAGCCUGCCGCCAGCGUCUCCAAGACGGACAAGCAGAGCUGGGAGUACAUAGUCAAGAGCGGCGUAGCGGGGGGCGUAGCAGGAUGCGCGGCCAAAACCGUCGUCGGGCCCCUCGACCGCGUCAAGAUCCUCUUCCAAGCCUCAAACCCGCAGUUCGCCAAAUACACCGGGUCGUGGUUCGGGCUGACGCACGCCAUGCGCGACAUCUACAGCCACAACGGCAUGCGCGGCCUCUUCAAGGGGCACUCGGCAACACUGCUGCGCAUCUUCCCGUACGCGGGCAUCAAGUUCCUAGCCUACGAGCAGAUCCGGGCGCGCAUCAUCCACUCGCCCGCCCAGGAAACCCCCGUCCGCCGCUUCGUCAGCGGCUCCCUCGCCGGCACCGUCUCGGUCUUCUGCACCUACCCGCUCGAGGUGAUCCGCGUGCGCCUCGCGUUCGAGACGCAAGAGUCCGGCGCCGCGCGCUCGACGCUGUCGUCCAUCUGCCGCAAAAUCUACAACGAGCGCCCGCCGCCGCCCGCAGCAGCCUCGGCCUCCGCUUCCGCCGUCGGCAAGCCCCUGGCUUCGGCCGCUGCGACCGUCCACACCAUAACCCCGCGCGCCGGCCUCGCCAACUUCUUCCGCGGCUUCACGCCCACGCUGUGGGGCAUGCUGCCGUACGCGGGGUCCUCGUUCCUCACGCACGACAGCCUCUCGGACCUCCUGCGGCAUCCGCGCAUCGCGGCAUACACGACCAUUCCCUCCCCAACCAACCCCCACAACACCACCUCCCAUGCCUCCACGCACAAGCCCGCUCCCCUAAAAUACUGGGCCGAGCUCAGCGCCGGCGGCCUCGCCGGCUUCGUGUCCCAGACCGUCUCGUACCCGCUCGAAGUCGUGCGCCGCCGGAUGCAGGUCGGCGGGGUGGUGGGCGACGGGCACAGGCUGGGGAUGCUGGAGGUGGCGUCGCGGAUCUGGCUAGAGCGGGGUUGGAGAGGCUUUUUUGUCGGGUUGGCGAUUGGCUAUGUCAAGGUGAUUCCGUUGGCUGCGACGAGCUUUUAUGUUUAUGAGAGGGGGAAGUACGUCCUGGGUAUUUAG